AUGGCAUGUACUGAGACACAUAGAGUGUUGUUCGGUAUGCAUAUGUUGACUGAGGAAGCUGAUGAUUGGUGGGGUAACACUCGCCAGAGAUUGAAAGCUGCAGGUAAUGAAAUUACAUGGGUUGUGUUCAAAGGAGAAUUUCUGGAGAGAAUAUAUGAUAAGGACAGUAGGGCUCAGUCUGUUCAUUAUAAAAGUUUGAGUGAGAAAAGGGGGAAGCAGCUGAAUCAUGGAAAGCUGUAUAAUGUUCCAUUUGACAAAGGGAAACAAAGAAUUUCAUAUGGUAGAAGGCCAAGUGUAGGAGGGGCUUCUGCUCCUAUCAAGUGCUACAGGUGUGGUCGUGUAGGACAUCACGCCAAUGAAUGUAAAAGUGAUGAAAAUAAAUGUUUCAAAUGUGGGAAGUCGGGACACUUGAUCGCUGAUUGCAAAACUAAUGUGCCUACUUGUUACAAUUGUAGGGAACCUAGUCAGAAACCAAAGAAAGCCCAGACUGGAGGGAAGGUGUUUGCGUUGACUGGAUCUCAGCCUAACAUAUCUUACAGGUUGAUUAGAGGUACAUUUUAUAUUCAUGAUAUUCCUUUGAUUGCUAUUAUUGAUACGGGUGCAACACACUCGUUUAUUUAUGCUAAUUAUGUACGAAAAAUGGGUCUUAUUUCAUCUACUCUUAAUAGUUGA